AUGCUACGUCAAACUUCACUUUUACAUCGUGUUUAUCACGUAAAUAUUGCUCGACAAACAUUCGCACCAUUCAGUACUAGUGUUCGAUGUCUUGCGGAUCCAGUUAAUAAAGAAUCGUCAACUAGUACAUCAUCAAAACAAGAUAUAGAUGAAGGUCGAUCAUUCGAUAGUGUGCCUGUACAUCUUGGUUCACUCGCUAAAUUAGUUAUGGUUAUGGGUGGACUUUAUAGUCGUGUCGGUGAUGUUCCUGAUACUAUACCUAAUCGUGUAUAUCAAAAAACAAAAGAUAGAUUUCGAGCACGAUGUGUUGUAGCUUCUCUAUUCGGUACAGGUCUUUUGGCUUUAAUUGCAGCAAUGCGUGGUAAAAGUGCACAAAAAGAAGGCAAACGAUUUACAGAUGAUGUUUAUAAAAUGCAUCGUGGAGAAUCUCGACUUCAUGAUCAAUUAGAAUCAAUGCAUCGACAUAAAACACCUUCUGAACGAUAUUCACCACCAGUAGAUGAAAUCAAUAAAUAA